AUGAGUGUUAGUAGUGCGCUAAAUUUGAAUGACCCCUGGCGUCUAGUUCGGGGCCAUCAACCAGAAUCCCCUCGUAUGUGUGCUUGUGGAUCUCUAGAAAGAACCUCCAACAACGAAUUUUCCAUGUGUCUUCAAUGCGGUUUGCCAAUUAAUGAUGACUUGCUUUCCAGUGAAGGUCAACUUCUGGAAAUGGAAGAAACGCUUCUGACUGGCUUUACUUCUCCCGGUGAUUCGGGGAGAGCUUUGCCAGGAGCUUAUACCAAAUAUGUGUCUUUUCCGUUGCACCGUGAACCGGUCCAUUUCAUGAACGCUCCAUCGUACGCCCUGAAUGAGUGGCUUCAUCACCAAAGUGUAGGCAAUGACGUGUUGAAUAUCAGACUGCCGUUGGUGUACGAGGUGUUGAUCCUGCUUUUUGCAUCGUAUCUUGGAAAUAAUGCGCUAAAGUCGUUUGCCAACAUGAACAAGAUGCGAGAAUCGGCGCUUCGAAGGAAGUUUUGUGCGUUUGCAAACCGCCAUUAUAGCAAAGCCAUCACCGCCCUUCGAAUGCAUAUCUCGGUGCUGUCAGAUUACGACGUUAUAGUGGCAUUAAAAGCACUGGCGUUACUCAACAAAUGCUCCAUUUAUGAGUUUGAGAAUUCUCUCCAUUCCAUCACUUUCGGCCAGGGUAUGCUUUCCAUCUUUUGCGAUGCUUUGGGCAGAUAUGAACACCUUGACCACCAGGUUCGUCACAUGUUUAGCUACAUGAAUUUGGUGUCGCAACUGAUCCAUUUCCCAUGCUACACACCCCAAGUGCUUGUGGAAUUUCAGAGCUAUCUCAAACGCUACUCACAGUUUGUCACCGUGCAAGAAAUAUCCAGCGAUUGGAUUGUCCAGCAUUUCAAUCAGAUAUGGUACUACGUCAAAGAUGUCAUACAAAUAACUGCCAAUAAGGAUAUCGAAUUACUCAAAAAAGAUUCCCAACUCAUCUACAAGUUGUUGCGUCGAUGGCUUCUUAUGAUGCCUCCCAAGAUGCACAUAUUAACAUCUCUCGGCCAUCCCAUGGAACGGGUAUUGAUGUUAAUGUACAAAACCCUCACGUCAAUUCUUAACAAUGUGUUCCCAAGUGCCAUGUUCAUGUACUUGCUGGGCUUCAAUGGCGGUCUCACAUUGUGGUACGACACUCAUCACACCAUUCCCAAAGAAACAGACUUGACUUGUAACAUAUUGCAGAGUAUUGAAAGGUACUGCUUCCGUGUUAACUCGUUUUUCAAAAUAAGAAACAAUCAACUAGCGAUGAUAUUCGGGCCCCUGAUUGGCGGGAAGGGUAUAACUCCGAUGGACGUGAGGUCAGAUAUUAACGAGAUAAUGAUUCGUGAUUUCGCCAAUUCACUGAUUCGCCUUUACAAUUUCAUCCACUUACCACUGAAAUCAAAACCAACUGCCACCCCAGACAUGCUUCACAACUUACAGAGAAUGGGUAAUCCCUACCCAUAUAAUCGUGAGCAUUUCGAAUUGUUAAAAGCGUAUAUGACUGACAGCACCAAAGGGUUCCAGACGAGCGAUCCUCUUCUCCGUUUCCAUUUGAGUAACACCACCGACUACAAAUUACAAGAUGACGAUUCCCAACCACUCGACUACAAAUUAUGGCUUUCAGAAGACGAAGUUGAACAUUAUUUGGUACGUUUAAACAAAGAAUAUUCCGAACUAUUCAAAAAAGGUUUCCCGGUUCCACGAGACACCACGAAACUCGACUGGCGUACCGGUCUUUACAUGGACGAUUCCGAACCGUUUUCGUUAAUUUCCGAAGCAGCCUUGCAGUCGAUUUUGGUCGGAGUUAGCUCGCCCAUCCAGUGGCCGGAAUCGGUAUUUCAAGUUGUGCCGCAAACGAUGGAGAUGAGGAAAAACAUGCUUACCAGAGCCGCAGACGAUGACGAAAAGGACAGUCAAUUCUACAAUGUUAUGAGUGACAAAUUCUAUAGAGCGGAGCAGAAUUAUGUAUAG